AGAGAGAUGUGACAGUGAGGAUGGACUGAUCGGUCCAGUGCGCUUUAUAUCCACUCAGAAGUGGAUCUCAGUCUCUGCUGAUCUGCAACUGCUCUCCACAGCACUGACACAAUCAGCCUGAGAGAAAGACGAAGAAGAAUAGAAAUAAAGAUAGAAUGAUGAUGUAGUGUGUGGGUGUGAAACUGUCACUGAUUUUCAACUAUUGAGCACGGAGAACAAGAGCGGUGCUCGGUUGCAAUGUCCGCGCGCAAGAGUGUGUUUUCCAGGAUUAUUCCCGCGACGCGAUGAGGAUGGUGGAAAUGUGAGUUGAGGAAACUCUCCAGCGCUAAUAAAUACACAUCAAGGCUUCAUCUAAAACACAAUCUGAACUGGUCAGCCAUGGGUCUAAGCCCCACCCUCAUCUUCACUCUCGCUCUGAUUGGCUGCUGCGCUCUGGAGGAUCCGCCCACUCUUCAGGCCCCGCCCUCUCCUCCUGGGUGUGGCUCUACAGUGGACCCGCCCUACAGAGUUCUGUGCGACCUGGAGUCCGUGUGGGGCGUGGUGCUGGAGGCCGUAGCGUGCGGUGGGACCAUAUCCGCUUUGAUCCUGGUCAUGAUUCUGUUAGCCAAACUGAAAACGGUAACGGAACCAGAGAAACGGUGCGGCGUUGGUCCCCUCCUCCUCCUAUUGGCCGGAACGGUUGGCCUCUUCAGCCUAUCGCUGGUGUUCUUGGUGGGGCGUGACGAGGUGGUCUGCAUGGUGCGGCGUGGCCUGUGGGGGGUGCUGUUUGCCAUGUGUUUCUCGUGUUUGCUAGUGCAGGGAGUGCGACUGAAGAAGCUAGCCGGAGGGAGGCGGAGCCUAGCGGGGAGUUCUCUCGCCAGAUUGGCUGUGGCACUCACCGUUGUUCAAGGCAUCAUUGCUGGAGAGUGGCUGCUGCUUACGGUGGUCCGCGAGGGACACGGCGCUUGCGAUUACCUGCCUUUAGACUUCGCGUUGGUGUGCAGCUACGCUCUAGUCUUGUUGCUAGCCGCCACUGUGUUGUCGUUAGCCGUCGUGUUGUGCGGCGGGAGAAACCGAGAGGAGUCGAGCAGGAAGAGGAUGAAGUGGAGGUGUAACGCCGUCUGGCUUUUCCUCUCGUGUCUCUCUUCGCUUCUCCUCUGGGUCGCCUGGCUCGGCCUCUAUCUCUACGGCAACGCUGGCAUCAUGACCGCGGCGAAGGAUUGGGAUGAGCCGGCAUUGGCGGUUGCCUUGGUGACCGAAGGUUGGAUACUGUUGUUAUUUCACGCUAUACCAGAAACGCACCUGUGUUUGCGUCCGUCCAGUCAGAGGAACGCGGACUCCGGCCAGAACUACUACGACACCCCUCAGCCCCCGGUGGCGCAAAGUUACCAUGACGACGAGCGGCCAGCCAAUCCCAGAGCUCCGUUCACAGAGAGUCAGGCGUACACUGUAGAAGAGCACAGCGCAGUUCUGCAGGCUGGAGGUUAUCAUAACGGAUUGGUCCGGCCCGCAAUGCCCUUCAGGAGUCACGUUUACCAGCCCACUGAGAUGACACUGCUCAUGAAUGCAGGACAGAUCCCAACCGCCCCUCCAAACUUCACAGGGAGGCAUCUGUGGUGAGAGCGGCCACCAUGGCAAUAAUGCCCUCUUCUACUUCGGCUGGCUUCACAGGGUCGAGAGGCACUUUAUUACGGUUCCAUGUUAAUAAUUUGGGAAUGCUCCACUAAUAAAAUACCUAAAGUAAAGCUGAUUUAAUUUAACGGGCAUUUUCAACAUGGGAGCAGGAUAAUUUUGCACAUGAUCUCUUUUAAGUGCUUGAUAGAAAAUACAAGACGCAUUACAUAUUUGAUAUUACACUGAUGAUGUCUGUUUAGAUUAAACGAAUCAGACAAAUUAUGAGCUGUCAGAAUUUACAUAAAAAGAUAAGUCCAUAUGAAACGCCAUUCACAAGCCCAUUUUACUUACAUAAUGCAACAUUUCUGAGCGUAAGAGAAUAAUUGUUUAUAUGAAUGAAUGGUUUUACUCAUUGUGAAGUGAUUGGCUGUUUAAAAGUGUCACUAUAUGGCAAGUGAUUGGAACAUGUUUUGCUAAUGUUCUCAUUAAGUUAUGAGUUUCUAAAUGUUCAAAGCGUCCAGGUUUUAAACAAUUAGUAGCAUUUAAAAAACAUUAUUUUUGUACUAACGUUUUGAGAACAUUAUUAAAGACCAGAUAACACUGAACGAAUAUUCAAUAGACAGCAAAGGCUGGGUUCUGGAAGUUAAAACUUCAUUAAUUUUCUCCAUUGGGAAAGUUGAUUUUUAAACGAUAACUUAUAAAUGUUCAAAAACAUCCUUACUGUGAGCUGUGAGGUUGUUAAUCAAUGGUGUUUGUUUCUGCUGAAGAUGUCAGCCCACAUUUUUCAGCUUAUUUUUAAAAUAAUGUGUUUAACAGAGGAAUUCCUGGUGAAAAACUACAUUACCCAUGAUGCUGUUCAAAAAUGCCACCAAUCAUAGUCGAAACAAGCAACAGGUGCCAAAAUAGCAUAUUUUGCACAAAACUUAAAGUAUAUUAUUUUUUAUAUAUACAAUCAACAUUUGUAAAUGAGAAGUUGUAUAUUCCUCCAUCGUUUUUAAUUAAAUUAUACUUCAUGGGAUUGUAAUUUUUUACCUCACCAAAGUUGUUAAGGCUACACAGGCUUGUAAUUUUAAAUUUUAAAUUUUUAAUUUAAUUUUUUUUUGCUUCAGAUCAAACUUUUUAGUGUUGUGGUACACCUUGUAGCUGACUGGCUUAAUGAAUUAUAAUGCUUUAACAAAGACUUUUUUUAAAAUCCCAAUGGGAGAAAUAAAUGGAAAAAAUACUUCCAGAACUAGAGGGCGCUGUUGCACUCAAUUACCAUUACUGGAAUAACAUUUGUUCAUAACUUUGAGAGAACCUUGCCAGAACGUUCUGAGAACGUCCCUGUUAGCUGGGUGGGGAUCUGUGAUAUCAGUCAAAAAGGCACGUUUUUUCAGAGUCCCGUUUACAAAGAAUAACAUGCACAGAUUAAUAAUUCAAAAUGUAACCAAAAAUGUGUAUUAAAAAGAUAG